AAGAAUUUUUUGACAACCCCUCGAAAUUCGGUUGAGUGACGUAACAUUCGAAAACAAAUCGGCAUAUUUCGUAAGAAAACCUAUUUAUCGCAUAAAAAUUUCGCAAAACUGAACUCUUCUCUUGGAUUUCAGUUUGAAAUUUAACAUAUCAGAAAAGAAGGGGCCAUGAAUUCCCCUAUUUUGAGCAGGAAUUUGUCUCUAACCUCUAAACUAGGGCAUCGGUUGAUUAAAUUUCGAUAUGGGCCCCACAGAAAUGUACCUAGCGGUUCAGGGACUCAGAGCGCUCAGAGUUCAGCAAAAGCAGGUUCUAAGACUCAAGGCAGCUCGGCUGAAGCUAUUUGGGACUUUCAAAUACCAGCACGGUGGAGAAGAGCCCCUCUUAGCGAGGAAGAGUGUGCUGUGAUAAACAACGGAGGGCCCCUUUGAAAAUAGAAGCUAGUUUAGAAACCUACACAGGCGUUAUUUAUUAAAAUUAGUUACGGUAUUGUUAUAUUUGACUGUUACGAGUGUGUUCCUUUAAAAAGAAGACAUAGAUGUGAAAUAAAUAAACGUAAAAAUGAAGUUUUCA